AGCCGGACGCUGAAAUUGACAGUAGCUGGGAUUCAUUGAAAGCCCCUCUACUCCAAUGGUUCUGGAAUGGCAAGGUGGUUCCUGAGGCUCGGAGCGGCAGGGCUAACAGUGUCCGGUUUAUACGCUGCCACCCGUGUGGACCCUAAUGAUAUCGGACUCGUUAGAAUUGGACGAGCUGUUGCCACGACUGCAGUUAUCAGUUAUGACUACAUUGUCUCGCUCAGGGGCCUGGAGUAUGGGACAGACAAAUACGAAUCCAUCAAGUCGCAGGUACACCGUCGCUCUGCCAGGCACCUGCUGGAUCUCUGCCGAGCCAACAGGGGCACCUUCAUCAAGGUGGGCCAGCACCUGGGAGGCUUGGACUACCUGUUACCUGAAGAGUACACCAGCACCCUGAAGAUUCUGCACAGCCAAGCUCCGCAGAGCAGCCUGCACGACGUCCAGCAAGUUAUCCAGGAGGAUCUUGGCAAAGAGGUCACCCAGCUGUUUGCCAGCUUUGAUGAAGCCCCACUGGGCACUGCGUCCUGGGCACAGGUCCAUAAAGUAGUACUGCACGACGGAAGGACGGUGGCACUUAAAGUCCAGCACCCUAAAGUGCAGCGCCAGUGUGCUAAGGACAUCAUUUUGAUGGAGGUUCUGGUCCACAGUGUGUCCUGGCUGUUCCCCGACUUCAGCUUUGCCUGGCUGGUUGAUGAAACCAAGAAGAACGUGCCGCUAGAGCUGGACUUCCUGAAAGAAGGACACAACACGGAGGUGGUGGCUGAGAUGUUCAAACACUUCCAAUUUCUUAAGGUGCCUAAAAUUCACUGGGACCUGUCAACCAGCCGAGUCCUGGCCAUGGAGUUUAUCGACGGAGGACAAGUAAAUGACAGAGAAUACAUGAGGCAAAAUGGCAUCGAUGUGAAUGAGAUCUCUCAAAAUCUGGGGAAGCUGUACAGCGAGAUGAUCUUUGUAAAUGGAUUUGUGCACUGCGAUCCACACCCAGGCAAUGUGUUGGUGAGGAAGGCCCCUCGAACGAAUAAGGUCGAAAUUGUGUUGUUGGACCAUGGACUGUACCAGACCCUGACAGAGGAGUUCCGCCUUAACUAUUGCCGUCUGUGGUACGCCCUGAUUAAGACCGACAAGGCGGCCAUCGAGAAGUACAGCCGGCGACUGGGAGCGGCCGAGCUGUAUCCACUCUUCGCCUGCAUGGUCACUGGCAGAUCCUGGGCGUCCAUAACCAAAGGAAUUGACCAAAUACCAGUCAGCAAAACUGAGGAUGUGGAGAUCAGAAUAAAGGCAGCAAAGUAUCUCUCCAGCAUCAAUGAGCUGCUCAACAAUGUCCCCCGCCAAAUGCUGCUGCUCCUGAAGACUAACGACCUGCUUCGAGGGAUUGAGACAUCGCUCCAGACCCGGGCCAGUGCUAGCUCCUUCAUCACCAUGUCUCGCUGCUGUGUCCGAGCUGUGUCCAGGUAUGAGAAGGAUGCAUCAAAGUCUUGGUACGGAAGGCUGAAAAUCUCCUUGGCAGAAGCUCUGGUCCUUUGGCAGAUCAGUCUGCACGAGAUCCUGCUCUGGGUGAAGGCAUCAUCGGCGUGGAGAUGGGUCAGUGGUAACUGGGCACAUGAGCAACCUCUGCAAUGAAGACUCUCACUGCCAGCGAAAGGACUGGGUCUUUGAGGAAGGGUCACCUAUUCCUUUUCUCCAGGGAUGCUGUCUGACCCACUGAGUUACUCCAGCUCUUUGUGGUCAUCUUCGGUGUAAACCAGCAUCCGCAGUUCCUUCCUACACAUUGGGUUUCCUCCCUCUGCACAGGCCAUUCUGCCCAACUCGCAUCUUCCUGACCCAUGUGCUGGGUUGAAACUGGCCUGGCCCAAAUGGACUUAGAGUUGGCCUCCAUCAAAAUGGUUGACAUUCAAGUUAUUACCAUCUUGAAAGUAGUUUAUGUAGGUCUCCUAUUGUACUGAUAAGGCUGCUCUACAUUCUACCACCCCAUCACCCACCCACCCCCCAAAAAACUUUCCCCUAUCAUAAAUAUAUGGAUCCAUGCCUCUCAUAAUUAAUGUUUAAUGUGUCAUUCCUAACGGUCACUGUAUGUCACUGUAUGUCUUGCGGGCGGAGCACCAAGGCAAAUUCCUUGUAUGUGAAUACUUGGCCAAUAAACUUAUUCACAAUUAUUCAUAAUUAUAUAUACCUUCUAUCAGGUCUACCCUCAGCCUCCAUACUCCAGAGAGAACAAAAGAAGGGGCUCGACCUGAAACGUCACCUAUUCCUUUUCUCCAGAGAUGCUGCCUGACCCGCUGAGUUACUCCAGCACCUUAUGUUCAUCCAAGUAUAUACAGUCUCCCUUCAUAGGUAAUACCCUCUAAUCCAGGCGGCAUUCGGUUACACCUCUGCUGCACCCUCUACAACGCCCCGAUGUACGUCCUGUGAUAGAGGGGCACGGUGGCGCAGCGGUAGAGUCGCUGCCUUACAGCGACAGAGACCCGGGUUCGAUCCUGACUACAGGUGCUGUCUGUACGGAGUUUGCACGUUCUCCCUGUGACCGCGUGGGUUUUCCCCGGGUGUUCCGGUUUCCUCCCACACUCCAAAGACAUGCUGGUUUGUAGGUUUAAAUUGGCUUCUGUAAAUUGUCCCUAGUGUGUGUGGGAUAAAAUGAGUGUUAUGGGCAAUCGCUGGUCGGCGUGGGCUCGGUGGGGUCGAAGGGCCUGUUUCCACGCUGUACCUCUAAACUAAACUGCAUGCAGUACUCCAAAUGCGGUCGAACGGAUGUCCCAUAAAGCUGCAGUGUGUGUCUACGACACUUGUAUUCCUGGUUGAAAAUCAACAGUGAAAUGUUUGUUUUCAGAAUCAUCUUGAGCAGCAGCACUAAUAAAAUUGUGGCAAAAUAGUCU